UCGGCAUCGGAUAGCUUCUAGAUAUACAGGGUCUCCCAUUGUCAUGCAAAUACAUUUUUCUCAAGACCUCCCUCAAGUUAUCGCGCAUGUACGACUGCGUACCUCGAUGUAUUAUGCUCAGAGGCUUCAGAAAGACAGGAGAUUAUCCGUUUGCUCUAGGACAGUUUGGUGAGUUGUGGAAAGGCGAGGUCGGCGGAAUGGGAGUUGCCGUCAAACAAGCGAGAAUAUUCACAAGUGAUAGUAAUAUCAAGGAAGUUUUGCGGAAAAUAAGACGAGAGGCCAUUAUAUGGGGACAGUGCGAUCACCCCAAUGUACUACCUUUCUAUGGCAUUUACCGCGAUGCUGCUCCUUUUUCCUACUGUCUGGUGUCGCCAUUCAUGGCCAACGGAUCUCUCCGUCAAUAUCUGAGCAAUAUUACCAAUCCUAAUCGGCACACACUCGCUCUAGACAUCACGCGUGGUAUGGGUUACCUACAUAAAAUGUCCAUCGUUCAUGGUGACCUAAAAGGGGAUAACAUCCUGAUUACCGACGACCACAGGGCGGUUAUUGCGGAUUUUGGUAUAUCCUUCGUGAUGGGUGUUACAGCCUUUGGAACUUCAUCGUCAUCGCGGAAGGGUGGCACCGUAAGAUGGCAGGCACCAGAGGUCCUCAACGCCAAUCCUAACAGCUUUUCAGCUGAUGUAUAUUCACUGGCUUGUGCGUAUUUUGAGGUAUUCGACGGGUCGAUACCUUGGGGCAGCCUACCUGAUGGCGCCGUUAUCAUGAAUGUCUGCGUCCAGAAGGAGCAUCCCCCACUUCCGAGGUACCUGUUGGAGACUGAUUUAUGGUGGAACCUUAUGGUACAAUGCUGGGCUCACGAACCUUCGAAACGACCAACUCUCCAAUAUCUCAUGGAGUCUCUUCAAGCAACAGACGACGCCCUACCUCCAGUGACGAAGUGGGAUAAGUCUAUCCUUACGCGACUUCGUGAUCCUCUGGUCGAAGGCAAAUUGGUUAUACCUUCGGGUCUACCGCCAUUUUUGAAUGUUGAGGAUGUCUGAUCCUGGCCGGAUCAACGUGUCUGGACUGGAAUAGGGCCUCUAUGCUCACGCCUUCGGACUUUCGAAGUCGAAUGUGGUGUAUACUCCGUCCAUCCGUCCCACCCUCGCUCCGCAUACAUAUAUGACCCUUCC